AUGGCGUCCACCCUCAGCGCAGCGCCCGUCCUGUCGACGCCCGCCGAGCACACCUUCUUUGAAGACCCGACGGUAUCUUCGGCGACGCCCGCCGCCGACCGGCCCGCGAGGAGCGACGAUGAGCUGCACCACACCUACGAGAUCGCGCGCACGGCCGCCGAGAUCGCCCAGAGGCGUUGGAGGCGCGUGGCGCUGCAGUUCCCGGACGCCAUGCUGGGCGAUGCCGGCUGGGUCGUCGGCGCGCUGGAGCGGGAGUUGAGGGCGUUGGGUUUAGACCUGAGCUCCUGUGCGGACGAGAAGAAGGAGCAGGCCGGUGAACUGGAGACGGAUUUCAACGCAAAGACGGCACCGGAGCCCAGCAGGGCGGAAGAGGCGGGAAAGAAAGAGAAGAGCAUACCGAGGAUAUAUGUCUUAGCCGACACAUCAUACAGUGCGUGCUGUGUUGACGAGAUCGCGGCCGAGCAUGCUGAUGCCGAUGCGGUGGUGCACUACGGGAGGGCUUGCUUGAGUCCCCCAUCAAGGCUACCGGUUUUCCACGUCUUCACGAGGCAGGAACUCGACUACGAUGCCGUCGUGGAAGCCUUCGAAAAAGAGUUCGGUGAUGACAGGGAGCAGAAAGUGGUUGUUAUGGCAGACGUCAUGUUUCAGGAGCACGUGUCACCGUUUUGCGAUAGGCUUAAGGAAAGAGGGUGGAAUAUGGCCAAGGCGACAGAGAUCGUACGGGAUCCAAGUGCGACGAUACCAAACAGGCGGCUUAUAGACCCAAACACGGCAUCGGACUGUUCCCCUGAGCAACCGCCACCCGAUGACGCCGACGACAAGACCGACCUGCAGGACUACCACCUCUUCCACAUCUCAAGCCCGCCGAUGGCUCUGCUUCUCACCUUGUCCUCCCGGCUUGCGUCUCUCCGAAUAUACCCAACACCCGCAUCGCCCUACACCACGGCUACAACCUCUCCUCCAGACCCAUCAAGGACACCGGGACUUCUGCGUCGGCGAUACGGACUAGUGAUGCGGUUGGCCACGGCCUCGAUCAUCGGUAUCCUCGUCAAUACCCUCUCGGUUCAGAACUACCUCUCCACCAUAGACCGGCUCCGAGACGCCAUUGCUGCGGCGGGGAAGAAGAGCUACACCAUUGUGGUCGGGAAGCUGAAUGCCGCAAAGUUGGCCAAUUUUUCCGAGAUUGACGGCUGGGUCGUGGUUGGAUGCUGGGAGAGCGGACUGGUGGAGCAGGAGGAUAUGUGGAAGCCUGUCAUCACCCCCUUUGAGCUCGAGAUGGCCCUUGUGGGUGACGACAAGAGGAUUUGGGACGGAAGGUGGUGGGGUGGUAUUGAGGGGGUUGGUGGGGAUGACAAGAAGGAGGGCGAGGAAGAAGCCGAGGAGCCUACGAUCGACAAGUCUCACGAAGAAGUCAGGGAGGAGGUCGAAGGCGGAGUCUCAGACGAAGAGUCGGAGCCCCCGGAGUUCGACUUCCGGACCGGCAAGCUGGUCAGCAACAGUCGACCGAUGCGUAUGGCCAUCCGGAAGAACCCCGCGGCUGCAAACGGUCCAACUGGGGAAAGUAGUACACCGUCCGGGUCUGCAUCGUCGAAGCAGCCCUCAGCUGCCCUCGUGCAAAGGAAGGCGGGUGAGAUCGCCAUGGUCAACGGUGUUGUCAGUCCCGGUGCUCAGUACCUGAUCUCGCAGAGGACCUGGCAAGGCCUCGGCAGCGACUUUAACAAUGUGGACGACGAGGAGAAGGAGUAUGAGGAAAGCACCGUCGUGGAAGAGGGCAGGAGUGGUGUCGCCAGGGGUUACACCGUUGGGCAAGACAACGGGCGGACUUGA